ACGGCUAUUCCUACUAUCUGACCAGGACGGUGCAGUUUAGCCAGACACAGCACUGGAAUUUCCCAGGAGCAGGGAAAGCCUGGAAUUUGGACUUUUCCUGACCAGCUGAAGUGGAACAGGGAGCUUGACUGACCCAGGAGAGCACCAUGGAUCGCGAACCAACAAGCAGGACUAGCGGCAAGCCCUCGGGUCUAGGAUUCUUUUCUGCCACCACCAGGUUUCUCUCAAAUCCACUGAUGGGAGAGGCUGAGUCUGAUUGGUCUCCAGUGCAUGAAGCUGCGAUCAAUGGGCGUCUGCUCACUUUGAGGAAUCUCAUCAGCCAGGGGUGGGGUGUGAACAUCACCACAGCAGAUUGUGUGUCCCCACUCCAUGAAGCCUGUCUUGGAGGUCAUUCCUCUUGUGCAUCCAUUUUAUUAAAGCAUGGAGCUCAGGUGGAUGGCGUUACCACAGACUGGCACACUCCCUUGUUUAAUGCUUGUGUCAGUGGCAGCCAGGACUGUGUGAAAUUGCUUCUGGAGUAUGGAGCCAGCCCCCACCCUGCGUGUGAUCUAGCAUCUCCCAUCCAUGAAGCUGCUAAAAGAGGUCAUGUGGCGUGCAUCGAGUCCAUUGUAGCUCAUGGGGGUGACAUUGACUAUCAUAUCAGCCGCCUGGGCACUCCACUCUAUUUGGCUUGUCAAAACAUGCAGAUCGCCUGUGUCAAGAAGCUUCUGCAAUCAGGAGCAAAUGUGAACCGAGGCCGAGAGCUGGAGUCCCCUCUUCAUGCAGUGGCUAGGGCGUCCAGUGGGGAGCUGGCCAGCCUGCUCAUGGACUUCGGAGCAGACAUCCAGGCCCAGGAUGCCGAAGGCAAACGUCCCUUGGAUUUGGUGUCUCCAGACGACCCUCUGUUUCAGCUCUUCUUGCAGAGAGAAGAGCCUCCUUCUUUGAUGCAGUUAUGCCGCCUUCGAGUCCGGAAGUGUUUUGGGAUCCAGCAGCAUCAUAAGAUCAAUGGACUCCUCCUUCCAGAUGAACUGAAAAAGUUUCUCCUGCACAUUUAAGUGUGUCAAGGCAAGCGUUAUCACUGUGCUGUAGCCACAGGAAUUCCUAAAUAAAGUUGUUGUUUUUUGUUUUCAA